UCAGUCUUGGACGUUUUUUGGACACAGCGAUGAACAACCAGUCGAUGACGGGGAGGACCAUGGUCCCGACCAUUCCGUCCAUUAUGUUCAUUUUCGGGGUGGUUGGGAAUGUCAUCGCCAUCGUGGUGCUGUGUAAAACCCGCAGAGAGCAGAAGGAGACGACUUUCUACACGUUGGUGUGCGGGCUGGCGGUGACGGACCUGCUGGGCACGCUGCUGGCCAGCCCCGUCACCAUCGCCACCUACGUGAAGGGCUCCUGGCCCGGGGACGAGCCGCUGUGCCAGUACUUCGGCUUCACCAUGCUCUUCUUCUCCCUGGCCGGGCUCAGCAUCAUCUGCGCCAUGUCGGUGGACAGAUACAUCGCCAUAAACCAUGCCUAUUUUUACAACGACUACGUGCACCAGAAGCUCGCCGGAUUUACGCUCGUCGCCAUCUACGUGUCCAACGCGCUGUUUUGCGCGCUGCCCAUCGUGGGCUUCGGCCAGGUGAGGAAGCAGUACCCGCAGACCUGGUGCUUCCUUGAGUGGAGGAGCAACCGCAGCAGCGACGCCGCCUACUCCUACAUGUACGCGGGAUCCAGCUCCCUGCUCAUCCUCGCCACGGUCAUCUGCAACGUGCUGGUGUGCGUGGCUCUGAUCCGGAUGCACCGGCGCUUCGUGCGCAGGAUGUCUCUGGGAAACGAGCUGGCGCGCAGCGCGGACGCGCGGAGGAGACGCGGCUCCUCCGGCCGCCUGGCCGGCGCGGAGAUCCAGAUGGUCAUCCUGCUCAUAGGCACUUCGGCCGUGGUGCUCAUUUGCUCCAUCCCGCUUGUGGCCCGGGUGUUUUUGAACCAGCUGUAUAAGACUCCAGUGGAGCUGCGGCUGGACAAGAAUCCCGACCUCCAAGCCAUACGGUUCGCCUCCUUCAAUCCCAUCCUUGACCCCUGGAUCUACAUCCUUCUCCGCAAGGCUGUUUUCCUCAAGCUUAUUGAAAAAAUCAAGUGUCUGUUCUGCAAAAUAGGAGCAAGAAGGCAACAGAGACAGGGAACCUUCCAGUGCAUAGAUGCGCAUCAAGUCUCCUCAGUCAUCUCUAACCGGGAAUCUGGCUCCUUCGUGUCCCGUGACCUGCGAGAUGUCUCAAGCACUUCUCAGACGUUUCUCUAUCUACCAGAGAGAAGACAGCUAUGCGCUGAGAGUUGCCAGAACACAGAAAAGGUCGGUGGUUUGAAGACCUCUUCCCUCAGAAACUCUCAAGCCUCUUUUUCAUCUGAGAAGAGCAGCACCGAGGCUCACACUGAAGAAGGGACAACUGCAGUCACAGCUCACUCAGCUCUGCCUUGCCCAAAAGAUCCGACAUUGCAGGUGACACUGAACACAGAGACAGUCGAGGAAAAGUGCAUCUGAAUGUUCUCUGAUUCAGGAGAGUGUUUUAAUAUUGCUCCUGAGGUAGAUGUUUACUGAUUUACUCCUCCAUAGGAGAAUAUUUAAAUCCACGAGGAAAGGCACAUAAAUGUAAUGAAUACCCUUCUUGUGGAGUCAGGCACAUGUGUGAAAACGUGCUGUUAAUACGAGCUCUCAGCUACCUCAGAUAACUAUCCCCAGCUACACAAGCCAAUUCUGUCACUUUGUCCAAGACAGAUGUUCUGCAGGGAUAACUGGUAGAAAACUGAUCUGUCUUCAGUUCUUUGACUGUGCCCAGUUAUGACAGCUUUCCUGUAAAGCUGAUGUAGACAGAAAAUCAGGAGUGAGUCACAGUUGUGGUCAGUACAGCAGAUGAAAACAAACCCAAAAUGUCUCUAAAGAGUUGUCACUUGCACUUGAGCUGCCAAUACUGAAGCAUACUUAGAGUAACUACGUUCUUCUGAAGAAUGUGGUGUCAUGAAUCAUUUACAAUAGCAUUUAGUUUAAGUAACACUGAUUCUUUAAUUCCUUUCCCACAAAAACAUGGCAUCUCAAAUUAUAUUAAACAGUUUUUCAUUUUGAAGGUACACAGAUUCAUGGUCCAUUGCAGACUUGGACUCGUGAAUGUUACUUCCCACACUAGAAAAAACGAGUGGAAGUAGGCGGGCAGAUGUUCAUUAGAAGCCCACAGAGGAUGUUUUUUACAUUAAAACAUUGGUUUCAAUUUUGUUUGAAGGAAUAUUUGCUUUUUAGGAAGCACUGUCUAGGUCUUGUAGUCUCCCGUCUUUUCUAUUGUGAGAAAAAAAAAAACAACCAACUAAAGUAGCUUCCAUUCCCGUUCCUGUCAAGUCUUGGAACAACUCAGAGCUGCAGUGGACGUCAUAGUGUAAGAGCAAGUGAUGACAGAAAAGAAACAGAGAAAAUUAGCAAAAAAGAGACCAAACAAGGGUAAAGAGGCAUGUAUGGUUCAAAGUAGCAGCUUAAAGAUCUACAUCAUAGUAGUUGGCAUUUAUAUUUAUACUGUAGGUUGCAGUCCUGAGCGUCAUUUCCUUUACUGCCUUCAGCUUAGCCAUAGCAAUGGAGCAAAUAAAGCAUUUAUCAUGUCAGAUAGAGCUAAUGAAUGUUGAGCUGGAGUAAUUCUUACUGACAUUUCAGAAAUCUAGUGUUCUUCUUUGCUUAAAAACGAUAAAGAAGAAGUAGCAGAAGAGGCAAAGAAAGAACCAAACAGACCGAUCACUACUGGUCCACAUUAACCUGACGCAUGGUUACAUUUCUGGGGAGCUAUUAUGGGACGCCGUUCCCAGUAACGGUCAACAGAAUUGGUAUGAUGAAGAUGCAUUGGAAACACCCACUGUCAAGUGUUACCACAACGUAUGUGAGUGCAGCGUUAAGUCUUAAAAAUAAAAUUAGAAUCAACUUAACCUCCACGCAUAGGAUUUACAAAAGCUUAUUUGUGUUGGUUUGAUGUGGUGUAUUAAGAUGUCAGCUAGAGAAAAAUUGUGCGCUUGAUUUAAAAAACUGCAUAGACUUUUUUUUUUUUUUUUUAGUAAAUAGAUUCUUCUCCAGGAGAAGGUUUUUAUUAAUAAAUGAAAACUCUAUUGGGGUUAUCAAGUCAGAUGAAGUACUUGUGCAAAGUUAUGAAUUAUAUGUAAUGCUUUAGUUUGAGCAGUAUAUCAUGGUGGCAACUUCAAGAAUCCCGUGAUGUUAAGAGCUAAAUGUAUAGAAAAAAUUAUUCCAAAUACGUCUUUGGUACGCAAAUUUGUCCUCAAAUAUCAAACUGUAAAAAAGCAGCAGCGCCUCCAGGAACCCCAGAUUAAAUUUGCAAACUUUUUAUCCAAGUUUCAAAUAUAUAUUCAAUAAAAAAUAACCCAUAACAGAAGAAAAUUCAGCAAUUAUCAUAUUUAAGAAGUUGGUACCAGAGUAUGUUUGGCAUCUUUACUCGAACAACAGUUAAACAAUCAUCUUUGUUAUCAUUCUGAAUUUAAAUACAUACAGUAAGAACCCCACCAAACCAUUUUUUUUGCACAUUUUGAGGAAUUCUUUUCUUUUAAAUUCCUUUAAUGGAAGUUGACCCCUUCUGCUGGCGUCCUGUCGUUACAGUAUACAACAGACUGAACUUCUGAACUUUUAUUUCAGCUUCAGCUAUUUCAACUCAAAUGAGCUUUUGUUUCUUGGUUUCAGCAGGUUUCAGCUCUCGGGCUCAUGCUUUGCUUUCUUCUUGCAAUCACUAAAUUGUCUUAGAUUGUUUACUAAUGGUGCAAUUACAUUCCAGCUAUUAUUUUUGGAGAAUGACACACCCUAAUAUCUGGCUGAAGUCGGAGUCUGCUAAGGAAGGCCUUAUAAGUUAUUUCUAAGCGUUAAAUUAUGCACUUUAUUUUGUAUUUUAUUCAUAUUGAAAUCUGCGGAGAAAUAUGCUAUCAUAUCUUUUAUUUUUGGUGUCUAUCUGUAAACAUGACUGUGUGUGUGAGAGUUAAUAACCAAAAACAUCUGAAUGAUCAAGAAUAUAAAUAUGUACAAUUUAUGAUGCAGCUGUAAAUGAAUGCACAUGCCAUUGUUUCACAAAAAUAUGGCUUUGACAUGUUUUGAUAUGUUGUCAUCAUAAAGACAAACUUUAUAAAACACUA